GGGCUAAUGGGUGCUGUGGACCUCGUUUCGGCGACAAAUGCCCUCUCAUAUAAGACUCUAUAGGAUCGAUAAAUGAUGAGCAGCCCCUUUUUCUACCCCCGAUCCAUUCAAUGUCUGCGAAUAUCUGCCAGUGGAAAGGUCAGACGCCCAGCACCACUGCUCAUUUCCCUCUUCCACCCGAUGCGGGGCAAAUAUUUUCCAGUCUUGUGGCUGCAACCCGUGGUGCGCCCCCCGCGUCCGGCAGGGUUUCCAACUUGCAGAAGUCGUGGAGCGUGUGUGCCCGGACACGUAGCUGCGGAAACGGCGUGCGUGCGCCGUUCAACGUCCCCGUCUGAUCGAGAGGCCACCUGGCCGGUGGGUGCUGACCGCGGGCUCUUUGUCCUCCAAGAGGACCAGCUGGGACAUCGCGCAGAGGGGGAAAGGGAGCGGAAGGAGACGGAAUUGGAGGCAGCGAGAGAAGGGCGUCUGUCUGGGAUGCGAAAGGAGCCUCUGAGCUGAGGCGCUUUUGCUCAGCUGCUCCCUCACUGCUGAGCUGCUGUCCAUUAGGAUAAGAAUGAAAAAUGAGUGGCAAAUAAACACGUCAGCUUACCAACUGUUGUUGGAUAAUGUCAGUGGAGGAAAGCCUCUAUCCACAUCACUGACUGAGAUAAAGCUGCACCCAAAACACUUGAUUACGUACACGUUGAUCUUCAUGCCCACUGAAAUGAAGUUUUAAAAAAAGCUGACUGAAUUUCUUCCCUGUAAAAUAAUUAGUAUUUGUCC